GGUCAUUAGUACGUCUUACACAGAGUAUUUCUGUCUUUACAGCAUCAGAGCAGACCUGCUCUUGUGGAUUAUGUUCUAGCGCUCCUCUGUGUCACAUCAGGACAUGGUGAUCUCAAUCUGCCAGGCUGUGGUCACUUACGUGCCCCUGCUGUGGUUUGUAAGAGUGGCUGAUGGGAUGCCUGACCCCGCUCAGAGGGACCUGCUGAUGCGUCAGGAGGCGUCCAGGCAGACGGGAGGCCGGGUGACCCUGUCGGCGGCCGAGCAGAAGCUGGACGUUUACCUCCAUCGAUUAAAGGAGAAAGAGAUGUCUGCUGAACAGUUCCCCCCGGCUAUACACUUCUUCAAAGCAAAGCCUCUCAUACAGAAGAGUCCCAUCUUCAAACUGCUGCAGAAGAUGCCUAAAGGUGCAGCGCUGCACAUCCACACCUCGUCUCUGGUCAGUGUUGACUGGCUGGUGAAAAACGUCACCUACAGGCCUCACUGCUACAUCUGCUUCACCUGGGACAACUCGGUCCGCUUCUUGUUCUCCAACCGCCAGCCCUUCCCUCGGUGGGACUGCUUCUACUGGCAGCUGCUGGAGACCCUGAGAGCCAGAGUGGGAGACCCCACAGGCUUUGAUAACAGUUUAAUGCAGCACCUCACACUUUUCACUGAGGAUCCAGAUGGCAAGUACCCGAGCCAGGAGGUUGUGUGGGAGAAGUUUGAGAAAGCCUUCAUUGCAGCUGCUGGGCUUGUCACCCAUGCACCUGUACUGAGAGACUACCUCUACAGGGGCCUAGAGGAGCUUCUCAAUGACAACAUCAUGUACCUGGAACUGAGGAGCGGCCUCUCGAGGACAUAUGAGCUCGAUGGAACCAUUCAUGAUAAGGUCUGGGCUCUGAAAACCUUUCAAGAAGUGACAAAGAAAUUUGUAGCAGACCAUCCGGACUUUCUUGGGGCUCGUAUCAUCAUUUCUGCGCACAGAGCUCUGAGUGUGUCCGAGAUCAAAUCAGCUGUAAAAGAGGCCAUUCAGCUGCAGAAGGACUUCCCAGACGUUGUUGCAGGAUUCGACAUGGUUGGCAGGGAGGACGAUGGGAGGACUCUUUGGUACUUCAGUGAGGCACUGUCUCUGCCAGCUGAUCUGGGUGUCACGCUGCCGUACUUCUUUCACGCAGGGGAAACAGAUGAUGAAGGCACAGACGUAGAUCAAAAUAUUCUUGACGCCCUUCUGUUCAACACAUCACGCAUCGGGCACGGCUUUGCUUUGGCUCACCAUCCACUCGCUAAAGAGCUUUCUAGAAAAAGAAACGUAGCUGUGGAGCUGUGCCCCGUCUCAAACCAGGUGCUGAAGCUGGUGUCAGACCUUCGGAACCACCCUGCAGCUGUGCUGAUGUCCGAGGGCCACCCGAUGGUGAUCAGCUCCGAUGACCCGUCUCUGUUCGGCACCACGGGCCUCUCCUACGACUUCUAUCAAGCCUUUGUUGGCAUCGGAGGGUUAAAAGCAAACCUGGGCACUCUGAAAGAGCUGGCUCUGAACUCCAUCAGGUACAGCUCCCUGCCAGCUCAUCUGAAGGACACGUGUCAGGUCAUGUGGCAGAACAAAUGGGACGACUUCAUUUUAAAUCAUUCAUCACAACUGAACCACAACAGAUCCUGUUUGACUUGAAUGUUAUAAAAGCGCUUA